AUGUUUCGGAAGGCCGUGGUUAGGGGGGGGGGGGGGGGGGGGGGGGGGGGGGGGGGGGGGGGGGGGGGGAGUGUAAUGGGGCGACCCAACCCUAGGGAAACCUCCACUCACGAGAUCCUUCUACAAAUCUGGCUUUUGUACAUUGAUGACAUAGGGGAGAAACCUCAGCGGGACACAGCGGCCCUCGUCCACCAGGAGCAGGCGGCCAGCUGUCAGCAGUGUCCCACAAGCAUAAGGCCAGUUAACCAUGGCAGCCUGGUGAGAACGCACACGCUCGAGGACAGGUAUGACACGGCCAACUCCCCACGCUACAGGCAUGAGCAGGAGUUUGCGCAAUUAGCACGCGCUAACCGCCGAUUGAGCAGCCAGCGUGCCCGCCGCGGAGCAGCACUCAAUCCGCAUCGAGGGACCAACUUACCAUCUACCAAAUCCAGGACCAGGUCCACGGGAUACAGCUGA